UCAGCUCACGGAGAAGGGUGGGGAUGGGCGCGGCUUCCUGGCCCCUCCGUUACUAGGCAACGGGAUGCUGAGGCUUGAAGCGGCAGAGCUGAAUGCUUGGGGCAAGGCAGUUGAUAGAGAGAAGACCUUAAGCAGCAGAAAUGAGCCCCGGCUGCCUUCCAGCUCCUCGCCAAAAGCUGUGCUGGGUUCUGUUCCAGAAAAGCAUCUUGAGGAAGAGGAUGAAGUUGACUCCAUUCUCCUUUCAGCAUCCAAGAUCCUGAAUUCCUCUGAGGGGGUAAAGGACAGUGGGGUCAGUGAACCAGAAUAUGGCUGUGUGUCAGAACCAGAAAAUCAAAUCCAACCACAGUCAGCACUGAAAGUCCUUCAGCACCAGCUGCAGUCAUUUCAGGCUCUGCGGAUGCAGACUCUGCAGAACGUCAGCAUGGUACAGUCUGAAAUCAGUGAAAUAUUGAACAAAAGUAUUGUUGGAGUAGAAAACCCACAGUUUAACUCAGAAGAAAAUGCAGUAUUCAGCAUGCACCCUGAAAAGGAUUUGCCUAAUGAGAAGCAAGAAGAAACACUUUCUAUCAAGAAAAGUAGUCCUUUUGAGAACUCUAAGAUUCUUCAUUCAGUGGAAGAAAACCUUAGUAGUAAUAAUGGUGACUGUCUCUCUCAAAGUAUAAAUAUUCCACCCCAGAUACAGGUGGAGGACAUGUUAGCUCUGGCGAGCCUGAGAACUACAGCAGAUCACUCACCUCCCAACGAAGCUACGGGCACUUUGGGCCAGCCUAACACCAUGCAGAGUCUCAGUCUUCAUCGGUUUCUACCUCCUGCUCCUCCGACUAGGACACCUCAAACUGCUCCCGUGAGUCUGGGUAAAUCCACAAUCACCGUGCCUUUUCUGAAGCAUGAAUUUUGUGAAAACUUAGAUGAUAUCUGCCACUCUAUUAAACACAUGAAAGAAGAGCUUCAAAAGUCGAACGACAGGGAACUGGCGCUCACAAACGAACUCCACACUUUCCAGGCUGACACAAAUAUGCAAAGCCACGGUAAAUACGAGCUGUUUCCCAUUCAUAGCGCAAACCUGAACUUUAUUCAGGAAGAGAACGUGGAAGGUACCUUAAGUGAAGAUAUCAAAUCAAAGAGGAUUUCCGAAUUGGAGGCCUUAGUAAGCAAACUACUCCCCCUCAGGCAAACAGUGUCAAAACUCCAUGUAAAUUUUUGUAGGAAAUGUAGAAAGUUAUCUAAGAGUGAAAUAUGCCGGGGUAAAAAGAAUGAGAAAAAUAAAGACAUCCCUCUCACCAGCAAGAGUACUCCAGAUUUAAAAUUCCACUCCCGAGCUCCAAGGCACACACUGUCGCUCCUUGACCCAGCAAAACACGAAACCAAAGACGAAGAAGAGCAACCAUUUAUAGUCAACCAAGGAUCCCUGGCGUCUGAAAACGAGAAGACACCCAAAGCCAACUGUGUCACUGAGCAGUGCGUUGCCAAAAUCCAUUACCUCCAGACUUACCUAAAAGAGUCCAUGCAGAACCAGAAAAAAGUGACGGAACUGGAGAACGAAAACCUGGCCCUUCGGACCAAAAUGAAGCCCCUCAUCUUCACCACGCAAUCCCUGAUACAGAAGAUUGAAACCUACGAAAAGCAACUCAAGGCUCUGGGGGAAGAAAAGAGCGCUCUGCAGUCCAAGCUAGUGCAAGCGGAAAAAGAAAACAGUGACUGUCUCAGGGAACUGAAGAAGAUCGUCAGCACCUACAACGUCCUCCAAGACCAACAUAAAAUGCUAGAGGAAAAAAACAGUCAGCUUUCUUUGGAAAAGCAACAGAUGAUAAACACCGUAGAUCACCUAAAAGGUAAGGACCACAAGUCCCAAAGUGACAUGGCCGUUCUCAAAAAUGAAAACAGCAGAAUGAACAUACAGAUAGACGCAAUGAACACAAACAUGCUGUUGCUGCAGGACGAAAGAGAAACGCUCGAGAAAAACAUGUACCAACUCCUGACGGACAAAGGCUCCCUCGAGAGCGGCCUGAAGGAGAGCCAGCUGGAGGUGCUUCAGCUGAAGGAGAAAGAGAGGCUGGCCGAAGCCGAACACGAGUCGCUUCUGCACCUACUCGAAGCCGCUAAGACCGAGAAACUCAACCUCGAGGCGGCAUUGCAAGAAUCGGCUUCGGCCAGGCAGACGCUGGCCAGGGAGCUGGAGGCCGUCCAAACCUACCAGUCCGCGGCGGAGGAGAAUUUCCGCAAAGAGAUCAUAGGCGCAAAAUCGGAGACGAACGUUUACAAAAACAACUUGGCGGAGAUCAGCCAGGAAUGUGAGAUGCUCUCCAAAAUGGUCCUGGAGAUCAAGGCGGAUAACCAGAUCCUGAAAGAAGAGCUCAAGAAACACAGCCAGGAAAACGCCAAGUUUGAGAGCAGCAUCAGUCGGCUCACGGAAGACAAGGUGCUUCUGGAAAACUACGCGCGGAGCAUAGAAAACGAGAGGGACACCUUGGAAUUUGAGAUGCGGAAUCUUCAGCGGGAGUAUCUGAGCUUAAGUGACAAGGUCUCCGGUCACAACAACACUCCGUCAAAGUCGCCUUACAUUUCAAGAAGAGAGAAAUUCUACUUCGACAACUACGACGCCUAUGAAGACGCUUCCAGUCCCAGUCAGAGGAGCAGGCAUUUGACUCCUGAUUUGAAAGGAAUUCCACAUAAACUGUAUCAACGGCUUCCAUCCAAGAUAUGUAAAUAAAUUUCAAAAGAAA